AUGGAAAGUAAGAUGAGACUGAUGCGUAGGUAGCUUUACGGAGGCGUAAACUUCACCAUCCCAUGAAUAUUCCUCGGGAGGUACACGAACCGAACUCUAGUGCUAAUUCCAUCCUACCGCUAUCGUACCGUGACCGUUAGGUUACCAGUCCGUCCAUACCAAGAACCUUCCGACAUAUGCCUUAUCAACACGAUCCCAGAUGCCACCUGCCUCUCCAAGAGCCAGAAGAUGAAUGAGAAGAUCCCUUAUCCAAGUCUACUCGACGGCACCGAUACAGCGACCCUCGAUCGGGAGCCAGCACAGUUUCAGAAUCAAGACCUCUCCGAACCCCCGCCAAGCCCCAUCUCAGGAACCUCGCAAACGGGCAGGGCUAGGUAA